AUGCCGUCCGGCUCAUCUUCAAAACACCACCAUCACCACCACUCGUCAUCCAGCUCCUCCAAGAGGCACGGGUCUUCCUCGUCGUCCAAGCACCAUUCAAAAGGCGACGAUUGGUCGGAAGUGACCGAGCCCGAGGAGCGGAGGCGGAUCCAGAACAGGAUCGCGCAGCGGAAAUUCCGCGAGAAGGCACGCGAACAAAAAGAACGCGAGGAGCGCGAGUCCCGCAAUGAACAACUGGCAGGCAGCGCCUACCAGGUCCCGGUGCCCGAGGACUUCAUGUCCCCCGAGGGCGGCGAGUACGGCGACUACCUGUCCGGGGUGCCGUGGGGCGGCGUCAGCAUACAGCACAUGGUGGCAAUGGGCCACGAGAGUGAGAGCCGGCGGGGGAGCCGCAGGGGCGGCCUGUCGGACCAGCAGCAGCAGUACGGCGACUACAGCGCCUUCUACGACCCGGCGCUGUAUGACGCGCAGCUGGCCGGCGGGUACGGCGCCGGCGCCGGCGGGGCGGACGACAACAGCAGGGGACAGCAACAGCACCUCGGGGGCGAGGUACUAGACCCGGCUGGGGAGGAGGAUUCUGCCCCCGGGAAGGGUCAGGGAACGGGAGGUCGUGAAUAUGUGAGUCUGUUCUUAUCUUCUCCCUCGACUGGCAGGAAGGCAGGGGAUGUAUUAGGCAGCUGGACUAACGUGCAAGGCAGCAUGCAUAGAUCUGUAUUUUUUUUUCAAUCAUCGAGGCAGCAGCGUAGAGGCUGGUUCCUUGUUGACCAGGCGUCAAUAGCAUGUGCUUGCUUACUCGGCGGGAAAACUUGCAGCAGGCCUGGAGGCUGGGCUGCUGGGCGAGAGUCGAUGGUUACGUGUCAGGGGCUUACCCAUCUCCAACAAGUCAUCGAUGGUGUGAGAAACACACCCAACUCACCUUUGGUUCGGCUACGGAGUUUUGGCGAAAUAAACCUUGGAAUACAGCAAAGCGGCUUACGAGCAGGCCCCUGCUUCAUUUCACAGGAGGAUAUGGAUGGUCUGGAAAAGCGGCAUUGCAUUUCUCGCAAAGGGCGUUUCGGCAAGGCAGCCACAUCAUGGGAGCACAAGGAAAGGGGGGAAAACCAAAACAUGCCAAAGUGGAUCAGGCACGCGCGUGCACGUUGUGUACACGCAUACGUAAGUAACAGACAGAUAUCCCCAGAAGAGGUCGUGUCUGCCUAA